AAGGAAGCUGGGAGAACAAAGAACAAACCCUGGGCAGCUCCUGGGUGGGGGUGCUUUGGAAAAAUGCAAGAUGCAGCAGCUGCUGCUUCCCCGGUGGGGUCUGUGCAGGGGGCAAGCCCUUCAUUAAAGGGGGGAGACUUUCUCUGGCUGGAAUCAGCCCCCUUAGGGCAGCCCUUGGCUCUGCGGACAGAGACCCCUGAACUGGAGACAGCAGGUGACGCCGGGAUGGUGAGUGAGAACAGGGAGGAGAAGCCCCAGCAAGAAGAUGCUGAUCCAGGAGAGCCUCGCGGGACGUUCGCAGGGAGAUGCAAAGGGGACGUUUGCUGUGGUUGGCCACAGACCAAAGCCUGUGAGAGUCAGCGCAGAGCGGAGGAAACCGUCAGGAGCCGCUCACACCUUAUUAGACAUCAGAGCAUCCUCAUGGGCGAGAGACCCUACCCAUGCGCUGAGUGUGGGAAAAGCUUCAGCCAGAGCUCCUCCCUUAUUAGACACCAGAGAAUCCACACAGGCGAGACCCCGUACGCAUGUGCAGAGUGCGGGAAACGCUUUAGUCAGAGCUCAUCCCUGGUCAGCCACCAGAGAAUCCACACCGGUGAGACGCCCUACACCUGCGCCGAGUGCGGGAAAUGCUUCCGGCGGAGCUCAAAUCUGAUCACGCACCAGAGAAUCCACACGGGCGAGACGCCCUACACCUGCGCCGAGUGCGGGAAAAACUUCAGGCAGAGCUCAAACCUCAUCACGCAUUGGAGGACCCACACCGGGGAGACGCCCUACACCUGCGCCGAGUGCGGGAAAAGCUUCAGCCAGAGUUCAGCCUUCAUUCGACAUCAGACCAUCCACACCGGGGAGACGCCCUACGCCUGCGCCGAGUGCGGGAAAAGCUUCAAUCGGUACUCUGCCCUGGUCACGCACCGGAGGAUCCACACGGGAGAGAUGCCCUACACCUGCGCCGAGUGCGGGAAACGCUUCUGUCUGCGCUCGACCCUCAUCGCACAUCGGAGGAUCCACACCGGAGACACGCCCUACGCCUGCUCCGAGUGCGGGAAAAGCUUCCGGCAGAGCUCAAACCUGAACACCCAUCGGCGGAUCCACACCGGGGAGACGCCCUACGCCUGCGCCGAAUGUGGGAAGCGCUUCAGUCAGAGAUCAACCUUUAUCAGACACCGGAGAAUCCACACCGGGGAGACGCCUUACACGUGCUCCGAGUGCGGGAAAAGCUUCAGCCAGAGCUCGACCCUCAUCACACAUUGGAGAAUCCACAUGGAAGAGGCCCCCUAUGCAUGCUCCGAGUGCGGGAAACGUUUCAGCCACAGCUCUGCCCUUAUUAGACAUCUGAGGAUCCACACGGGAGAGACCCCCUACCCGUGCUCCGAGUGCGGGAAACGUUUCAGCCACAGCUCUGCCCUUACCACGCACUGGAGGAUCCACACGGGGGAGACGCCCUACACGUGCUCCGAGUGCGGGAAACGCUUCAGGCGGAGCUCCGGCCUCCGCACCCACUGGCGGAUCCACACGGGGGAGACGCCCUACACGUGCUCCGAGUGCGGGAAAAGCUUCAGCCACAGCUCUACCCUGACCACCCACCGGAGAAUCCACACCGGGGAGACGCCCUACGCCUGCGCCGAGUGCGGGAAACGCUUCCGGCAGAGAUCCAGUCUCAUCACGCACCGGAGGAUUCACACCGGAGAGACGCCCUACGCCUGCGCCGAGUGCGGGAAAAGCUUCCGGCAGAGCUCAAACCUGAUAUCACAUCAGAGAAUCCACACGGGGGAGACCCGCUGAACGGGCUCUGAGUUCAGGAAAAGCUUCCGUCAUGAGUCAUCUUCUCGUAGACACCAGAGAAUGCCCACGGGGGACAGACUCUAUACAUGCUCCGAGUGUGGGAAAAGCUAAGCUCGGCCCUUCUUAGGCAUCUGAGAAUCCACACUGGAGAGACACCCUACACCAGUGGCUCCCAAUCAGGAUGACGGAGGUCUUCCAGGGGGACAUUAACUCAACUCAACAGUUGCCUAGCCUUACAACAGGCGAUGUAAAAAGCACGAGCGAAGUCAGGACAAACUAAAAUUUCCUACGGACAAUGACUUGUUUGUACGGCUCUAUAGGCUGUACGCUGAAAUGCAAGGACCAUAUUUAUAUUCCAAUUCAUUUAUUUCAAGAUGCUAUGGUAAAAAGAAGAACAUCCGCACAUUUUUAGUAUUAGUGUGGCUGGGACACUUUUGUAUUUGUAGCUCUGGUUUUGUAAGCAAGUCGUUUUUAAGUGAGGGGAAAAGUGGCGGGAGGCAAGAGAAAUCCGACUCCGGAAAGGGGGACAGGGAUCUGCAAAGAGGGAGAGCCCUGCCCUAUGGAGAGCUCUCAUCUUAUCACAAAUCAGAGACUCCCCAUGGGCGAGAGACCCAACGUAGGCCGGGGCAGGCUGUGCCUCCCCAAAUAAGCCCAGCGUGGCUCCACCCACGCUCCACCCAGAAGGCCCCCUCCUGCUUGCCCUUCCCCCUGGGCCACAGCCCAGGCAGGCUGGCCGCUCCUCUUCAGGGAAGCGUGCUGGGGCUGGGGAUAAGGCGAGGGUGGCCAUGGGCGGCCGGCGGACAGGACUUGGGGUGGCUGGGGCCACACAGCACUGAGGGGCCCCCGGCGCUGGCAGGGGAAGGGGAGCAGGAGGGGCGGGCCCGGCCGGGAGCUAGCCUCCCCAUGCCCACAAGCAAGUCCGCACGGGAGAGGAAUGCCACGAAUGUCCCGACUAAGCCUCACCAAAGAUUUUUUUUUUCCCUUUUAAAUGCAUUUGCUCAUUCCCACACAGCACCCGGUAAGGCUCUUUGCACCAUUGCCUGAACCGUGGUCUCUCGUCUCCUGCAGGUGCAUGGCUAGGCUUGACCAGAAUUAGCUCCACUGAGGUGAAAACGACCUGUCCCUUGUCUCCACUCAGCUUGCACGUGGAAUUAGCUGCUGACGUGAGCUAUCGUGAUGUAAACACACACAUAUAGCUGCAGUGCGGAUAUAAACCCCGGUACAGAGAAUGGGGUUCGCUUUCCCCUUGACCUGACCUAAUCCCCAUGGCUUUUCCUAGUCUGGACAAACCCUGAGCGUCACAUCUAUACUGUUCCCCCAUCGCCAUAGUCACAGAGAUCUCCCUUUGGCGACAGAAAACAGGUACCAGUUUUCUAAUGGGCCGGGUGGGGCUCAACCCCGGCUCUGCCCCAGGACCCACCCCCUGCCUCUUUCCACCCUGCCCCAUCUCGUCCCACUCCAUCCUCUUCCCGCCCCCUCCCCCGAGCAUGCCUCACCCUCGCUCCUCCCCCCCCAGCACCUCCUGCACGCCGCAGAACAGCUGAUAGUGGCUGGCGGGAGGCACUGGAGGGAGGGGGAGGUUGCCCGUGGGUGCUGAGCACCCACCGUUUUUUCUCCACGGGUGCUCCAACCCCAGAGCACCCACGGCGUCGGCGCCUGUGGGACAGAAUGUCCCAUUCCCAGUGGUUUGCGCGUUGAUCAGCGUUGUGGGGAAAGAUUGCAACGUAACGAAAAGCAGCACAGGGGGUAAGCGUCAUUUCAGCCUCUCUUUCCCGAGGGAGAUCCGGGAUUCCCUCCUUCCACAUCACCAUCAAGAUCCCACUUCCCCAGUCUCAGCCCAGCCACCCGCGCCAGCCACAGCGGAGUUUAUAAUCCCCACUUUCUACCCUUCCAGCUCCUGCACUGCCACGGGAUACACCGUUCGCAGCGCUCUGCAGUGAGUUAUCACGCACUGAUCCUAAAUCAAACUCACUGAGGGCAGGCGGGAGGUGAAAACACUGGCGGGGGGAUUUGGAUGGAUCCCAAAAGCAGAGUAAUCAUUCCCUCUUUUAAUCCUGGUUUCCUUCCAUCGGAAAAGUAUUUCUGAGCUUUUUCCUGCUGAGCCUGGCUUCUUUGCAAGGUGGGAACGUUGGCUGUUUUCCCCCAUUACCAUGAUGCUAAAAUUUAGGACUGCUGAAUAAUAAUGAAGUGGCUCUGAGUGAAGCAGGUUUGAAUGCAUCAGAGGAGAAUACAAUGGGAGAAUCUGUUCUGAUUUUGAGUCAUCAGAUGUCACCUGCUCUGGAAUUUCAUUUUAUAGGAAAUUGAAAGUGUCUGACACCCCUUUGUGUUAUGGGGGGGGGGUCUUCUCUUUCCUGAUUGGUCAAAUAUUGGGGUAUUAGUUUUGUUUGACAGCAUCAGCUCAGAUUGAUGGGGGGCUAUGAGAGAAACGAUCAUUCCCUUAAAACACACUGACGCCCGGAUAUUUGCUUCCCAAAGCUGUUGCGGCCCAGAAGGUUACUCCUGAAAAUAUCACCUUCUUAAUCAGAUGCUGUUUGCCUAUAAUUUAGGGCGGCCAUGCAGUCCCCAUCUAUAUGGAGAUGGAGAAAAUGGAAUGAGCCGUUUUGUGGUGCUUACCCCUUGUAAAUGCUGCAACCGUGUAUAAAAUGAAUUGAGUGUUGAAUGUGAGAGAGCUCCUGGAUUCUGCCUCUUUUUUCAUAGAUACCCCAGCUUUGGUGGCUGACAGGGACUGUGAUCCAGGCCUGUGUUGAGUCCCUAACUUAGAUUUGUGCCAUCAGAUUAAAUAAAUAAACUGGAUGUGUUUGGGGAAGCCGCUCCUCACGACUACUCCUGAGAUUUGUGCGGAUUCUACUCCUGAGAAAUAUGAAGUUACCCCCAACCAAGGCCAAGGAUUAGACAUGGAUUUCCGUAGAAGUAGCAGGUAUUCAAAGUUGUCCUAUGGCCAGGUAAACUCUUUGUAUUUAGAACCUGACUCCCUAGCUCAGUGAUAUUGAUUACGGUCCCACAAGUUGUCAUGUUUCAGUGGGGAGUGAUUGUCCCCUUCCCAUUUGGAUCUGAAGUGUCAUGAGAUAAUGAGAAACGAUUGAUAUUUCUUCCCGAUGAGUCCCAAUCUGGCUGCCUUGUUGGACAAGAAGCACGGCCAUGCUACACAAGUGAUGGUCGCCCACUGGGGAAGGAAUAUGUAAGACUCUGAACUCAGGUUGCAUGAAUGUUGUGUUCUACUUCUCUGCUCUUGUCUCUUUGUUCGGCUCUUGUGGUUUAUGGAUUGGCAUCAAUUCUCUACCUCCUGAUCCUCUGAAUGAUUAGAAAGUGUGGAAACAGAGUCUGGGUGCUUUUUCUCAUUGUGCCAACCUUCCCACAGAGGGGGAGGAGACUUUCACCCAUCUUUAGGGCAAAAUACCUGGAGAUAAAUGAACUCACAAGAGACGGAUGGCACCUACAUUAGUGCGGAACACAACUUCACCCAGGGUUCCCGUGGAGGAAAUGGGGAAUACGAGAAAACUAACAAACAUGAUCCAAUUUUGCAGCCUUUGAAUGUGUUGUUACCAGUGCAAAUGGAAUUAAAGAUGAAGUGAUUUAUUACAGAAUAAGACACGGAUUAUGUGAUAGAUACACUAUCAUAUGGGUUCACAAUGAAAGUUAUCUUGGGUUCUCUGUUUCUUUGUUUGUUUUCAGGCCUAUAAGAAAGGGUGGCUAAUCCUGAAAAGUGUAUUUGAUGUCAUUUACUCCCCCUGGAUUAAAGACUUCUGACGUAAAACCUGACUCCAGAGGGGAUGAGAUGGGGAAAUAUGAGAACAAGCAGACAGUAUAGUACAGACCCGGUAUGGACUUUAAUGAUUUCAAAUGGAAUUGAUUUUGAUAAGCUUGAAAACCAACAUUCAUGUAAGAGAAAAACGAAUUAAGGAGACAAGCCAGGUAGCCUUUGACCAAGUUACACAGGAACAACCACUGAGUUCCCCACUUCUCUUGUUCUCAAAGCAAAGAGAAGAACAUCAGAACGGCCAGACUGGGUCAGAGCAAAGGUCCAUCUAGCCCAGUGUCCUGCCUUCCGACAGUGGCCAAUGCCAGGUGCCCCAAAGGGAAUGAACAGAACAGGGAAUCAUCCAGUGAUGCAUUCCCAUCCCUCAGGCGAUGUCGGUAUUUAAAAUGGCAAUGGAUCCAUGAUGCUGGCUUUUCUGUUUAUAUAGCAACCAGUUAUUUGUGUAGGUGCAGAGCUGCCUUUUCCUUUUAAGGAGGCCAGAUUUUUGAGCACUGCUGUUUAACCGUCAGGCCAGGCUAUGGAAAAAACCACCCCAUAAUUGGCCUUGUGUUUCUUUUCCUUUUGAUAUUGUGGGGUUCCCACAUCCACACUGCAUGUGGUUUGCAACAAUGGAUAGUUUAAGGAAACUACUGUUGUGAAGGCCAAGACUAUAACAGGGUUCAAAAAAGAACUUGGUAAGUUCAUGAGGGAUCGGUCCAUCAAUGGCUAUUAGCCCUGAUGGGCAGGGAUGGGGGCCCUAGCC